AUGCAGAGAACAUAUUAUACUGACACUGAAACUAGGGAACUACUACGCCAUCUUAACGAUGAAAAAGCUGUGAUUGUAAUUCCAGUAAUGGUCUUCAUGGCAUGUCUGAUGAUGAUGGGAAUAAUCGGCAAUUCUAUGGUAUGCUUCUACUACGGCAAAAGAACAAAAACUACGAGCAACAGUAUUUUGAUAUGCCUUCUAGGGUUUAUAGACCUCUUCAGUUGUGUGUUUUCAAUUCCGUUUGAAAUCAUUGACUUACGAUUUUUCUUUGACUUUACACUCACAGGAGCUUGUAAGUUCCUGAGGUUCAUGAACUACUCUGCAGCAAUUGGAAGCGCCUUUACUUUAAUGCUUAUAAGUAUUGAUCGAUACAACCACAUUUCUAGGCCUCUUAAACCUCAGCUUACAAACAAACAAACUCAGUUCUCGUGUCUUGCUAUAGCUUUCAUCACUGUGCUGUUUUCUUGGCCAGCUAUUGUAGCGUUUAAACCAGAAGCAGUUGAGGUUCAAAACGAUUAUGGUAUUAACAUAACUGGCCAUGAUUGCACAACGGAUAGAAGUGCAUCAUUUCGUGUAUAUAUGUGGAUAUUUAAUGGAGUGUAUAUGAUUUUUUAUGUUGUUACUGCGAUUGUUGUGUUUACCAUGUAUUCUUUCGUCGCCGUGGCGUUAUACCGACAGACAAAGUUUAGAAAGAAAUACAUCAGGACAGGUUCUAAAACCCUGAAAGAGGAAUCCAAAAUUGAGGCGUACGAUUCGGAAAGAGUUGCAGUCAAUAAUAACAUUGAACUAAACGAAAUGAAGCUACGGGGUUCUUGUAGUUUGUCAAGUACUGUUGGGAAAAUAAUCCCUCGCAGAAAAUAUAAUUCUGAGGGUAUCAGGAACACACAAGAAAUUGAUGACGUUCAACUGACCAACAUCAGAUCAAACAAAUUUGUUUCGAUAAGGAAUAAGUCGCAGCAAUUGGAAACCGGCAAGCCUGAAGAAAUAAGGCAACACAUUGACGAAGGUGCACAGCAUGAAACAAUGGGAAUUGUUGCAAUUGAAAACAUAAGACCAUCUACACAUAUUUCCACUGUAAUUACAAUAGGUACUUCCAAAAACAUUCAAACACACGAACGUGAGACAAUACAAGCUGAUAGCAUACCAAAGUCACCAUCUUCUAAUUCCAUUGGAGAUACAGAUGCAACUAAACGAAGGUCUACCGGCAGUGAGCGUGCAAGGGUUACAAUAAGCAAAAUAAGACAAGCUAAUAUUGAAAUCAAAAACAUAAAAUACACGGUGAUGAUGUUCGUAAUUACUGGUGUAUUCUUGCUAAGUUUUGUACCUCACCUAAGCCUGGUAACCUGGAGGUCAUUUGUUCAAUAUUACGAAGGAGAAUCUAUGUCUGACGCAGCUUUAAUUGGUUUCAACAUUGGAAUUAGGUCAACAUUCAUUAACGCGGCUGUAAAUCCUUUGAUAUAUGGCUUCUUUAACACCGAUUUCAGGCGAUUUUUCUUUCGGUCGUGUUGUCUCUGUUGCCGAUUAUAG